UUCAAGAAACUCCGGUACAAAAGGUAAGCAUACAGUUAAUACGGUAUACAGUCGAGUAUAAUGUAUGAGCUUUAACUUCUUGGGCACUUGUAGUAUCUCUGAACUAACACCGAAUGGUGAUAACAAAGAGCUCUUUGGUAAUAUUGUCAGAACGGAUGGGUUUUCAGUUGAUUUUCUUUUUUAUAAAAGACAACAAUCUGGCCAUGGUGCCUUGUUCCAAAAAUUUGACCUCACUCUUGAUGAUUUCUCUCUGGAUGAAGUUGACAAUACUUAUUUACCUAUUACCCUGGAUCCCGGAAGAAAGUCUGUUUUUACUGCUGCUAUUGGCCUUGAAUAUAACAGACAAGUGCGAAGAUGCACUACAUCUGAAUACUAUCAUAUGACAGGGUCGACCCAAUACAGUACCAAGUUAAACAGAAAGAAGGCCGUUACAGGCAUAGAUCUCAUAGAAAGUCAGAUACCCUCGCCAAAAACCUCUCGUUUGGAAAUAUAUGAGCUAUACACUGCUUAUACACUCAAUAACCUGGACGCUCUCUUGGCUUUUUAUGGAUCCGAAACUGCAAAGGACCGGUUUAUGUUGUACCAAGGUA